AUGGAAAGGGAGCGAAUGGAGACAUUUGUUGUAUACUUUAAUAGAGCAGCUACAAGGAAAGGAAGUUGUGAUGUGGUGUUCACGGCAACAGAUUUAGGAAGGACAAAAAUUGGAGUUGGCUGUGAGUCGAGACUUGAGGCAUACAUUGUCCUGAAAGAAGAAUGGACUGGCAGGCAAAAUAUAGUUGCUGGAGUAAUUGUAAAAUGGACCGAGUCUGCUUCUGUGGAGUUACCGAAGCUGUGUGCAUUCUAUAUUGAGGCACUGAAGUUAAUGGAGUUUGUCAGUGUGGAUGUGGUUGCUGCCAUCGGUGAUGUCAAUGAAACCCGAGCAGAUGAAAGAGUAGAAGCUGAACUGUGCUCCAUGACUGGUUUGUAUUGGAGCCGUGGGCAGAGAAGAAGUAAUCGAGCUGGAGACGAUGGUUGUGGCCGGAAGCAGGAGCGUGGUGGCCAAGACUUGGAUGGUUUAGAUGUUGGGUCUGCUCUAGGAAGGAGGAGUCUUUUGGAGGUGAUGAGUUAUUUGUACGAGACGUCAUCUAAGAUGACACUUGCAGAAUAUAGGCGUAGAAAUUUACAUUCUCAGGAGACAUCUCCUGAUAUGACACUUGGGGAGUAUAUGCAUAGGCAACGAUUAAAGCAGCAGCUAGAGAAAAUAAUCUCAACAAUGCAAGCGGCGUACGUACCUGGUAGGCAAAUUGGAGAUAAUAUCAUGUUGGCUUAUGAACUUAUUCAUUAUAUUAAUAGGAAGAAGACUAAGAAGGGAUACAUGGCAUUAAAACUCGAUAUGUCUAAAGCUUUCGUUCGUGUCGAAUGGAGUUUCCUCAACAGAGUUACGGAGCAGUUAGGCUUUAGCAGCAAGUGGUGUGGAUUUAUACAGGAAUUUGUAAGCACUACUGAAAUACAAGUCCUUCUAAAUGGCUCACCAAGACAAGCUUUCAAACCAUUGAGAGGAAUACGGCAAGGAGAUCCCAUCUCACCGUACUUAUUUUUACUGACCAUGGAAGUCUUUACUCGUGCACUGGCCAAAGCUGAAAUGGAAGAAAAAAUUCAGGGUAUCAAGAUUUCGAGAAAGGCACCACAAGUUACACAUCUACUUUUCGCACUAGUAAACAAUGAUUAA